CAUGUUUACUCGGCAAUAAGUGAAAUAGCUAAAGAAUAAACGUUCCUCUGGAAUUAUCCAAUACGAAGUUUCGGCACCUGUUGUGCUUUGUCUAUACUUUGUAAAUGUUCGAUCGUCUUAAAACCAUUGCAAGAACAAAAACGGACAAAAAAACCCGCAAGAACUAGUCAGAUGGUAAUCAAUAUCCGGAGCAAUAUGAAGUCUACUAGAAAAUGUUGGUGAUAAUAAAUGUUAUAUUAGAAAUUAACUUGAUGGUUUAUGUGGUAUCGUUAAAGAAUAAAACACGUUGUCAUCCAUGCCCGGGUCAAUAUGAAGUCUACAAGAAAAUGUUGUUAUAUUCCAAUAGUGUGCGUGUUUAUUUACACCGUCAUUAAUAUCGUGUGGUUUUAUAGAGGAUUCCUUCGACCAGAUUUUAAUUUAUACAAUUCUAGAUAUUCCAGCAAGGACACAGAAUGCCCGGGAGUUUUAUCACACAUGGUAAAAGGGUACUGGAAGCCACUCCCUCGUCUCUCGCAGGAAUUUAUAGGAAUAUUAAUUGACAGAUUUAGAACACAAGUCGCACGGAAUUAUCGUAUUCCUGAAAGUUACCAAAUGAGGAAUGGUUCAUGUGGUAAUAUUAAAUUUCCAGGCACUGUGUUUAGGGCAUUAUGUGACCCUAAAGGACCUACGCCAUGUUGUUAUGAAGGUUAUUGUGUGUCUAAAUCAAUUGAAGACUGUAAAUGUGAGGAAUGUUAUGAUCUAAGACAACGUAUUUCAGCCGAAUCUUCUACCUGGGUGCCAUCACAUCACGGUUGUCAAGUUGAUGAUUUUGAUUCUACCACAGCGUGUCGUUUACUCUAUAAUUCUACCAUAUUCUGGAGUGGAAAUUCUUUCACCAGGCAGAUUUUUAUGGCUUUAACUAUGAUACUUAAAGGUGAUCUGAGACAUUUAGUUGUUACAAAUAACACAGUUAUGGAGAAAUGUGAAGGCUUGAGUAACAUGUUUGGCUGGUGUCAAAAAUCAACAGAGACGAACCCCAUUGUUUGUAAUGGAACUGUCAAGAUGACGUUCAUUUCUAACCCUCGUACUUCAAAGACACGGCAUGUUUAUGGAGCUAUCGAUGAUCUCCGUGAUAAACCAAGAACCAUGAUAUUCCUGGGAUUAGGUAUCCAUGACAACUACAAUUAUACAAAGAUUCUGAAUGAUUAUAUCCAUCCAAUAUGGAAGCAUUAUAAUGCUAAAAAGUCUGUAUGGCCCAAAUUCAUGUGGGCAGCAGCUCAUGCACCUGGUCUUCUGCAGAAUCCACAUGGUCCGUUUCAACUAUAUAAACACUGUGCAAGUUAUAAUAAAUGGCUAAAUCCUCGUUUAGAGAAAUUAGGAGUACCUGUUUUUGAUACGUUUAAUAUGACUGACGGUGUAUCUAGUCACGAUGGAUGCCAUUACGGUAUGGCUGUAAAUAUGUUGAAGGCCAGAAUCUUUCUUCAUUAUAUAGCCGAAUUACAACGUAAGGGACAAUGGUGACAAUACUAAAAAUAAUAAUAUCUUAAAACAUGGGAGUGAUUAAAUUAUACAAUAACAUUGAAUUAAUUGUCCAUGCAACACACAGAUGAAAGAUUUCACUAUGGGUACCAAUGUUGUUCCAACAUAGUCUGCUUUGGCUUUUGACGACUUUAAAGAACUAUGGUUUGCGAGAAUAUGAGAACAAUUUGGUAAUUAAUUACAAUUAAAAAUAUACAGGAAGAGUUUCACAGAUGAUAAUAAAACAAAUUUACCGACGAGCAAGAACAAGCAAUAAACUGACCCAAAGCGUACUAUCCAGUCACAAGUGAACAAGUGAGAGGGCGUAUUUUGCAAGGCUAAAUCUAUUUGUUACUGCCAGCUCAUUUUUUGUCAAGGUCGUUGAGAUGUAAAUAAGGUUAGGGCACGUGAAAGUUGGCGAGAUUGUAGAUUAGGGUUAGGGUAAGCAUUGGGGCUAGGGUUAGGGUUGGGAUUUCGACCUAUGACCAAAAAUUGAGUCGGCUUUAUUAUUUAGUACUAAGUAUUUCACAGCACUCUGCAUUUGUGUCUUUUUACAAAUUGAUUGAUUUUGUAUGAUUUUCCUGUAUUUAGAAAAAGUUAAAGGGCAUUAUCUUAAUUACGACAAAAGCUAGAACUUAGGUGAUAAACACUUCCUGUUUCGCAUUUAGAGGGCUGUUAUUGUCCAAUAGACAUGUCCUGAGAUCAUUAGGACCCAAGACGCGUUAGCGUCGCGGGUUCUAAUGUAAAAUCUCAGGACAUGUCUAUUGGACAAUCAUCCUAAACUUAGGCUGCCUGUCUACAGCUAGAUCCGCAUGUGAACAGGCCUUAAGCUAAUUACCCGACAUUUUAAUUCCUACAUCGACGAUUUUAGUCGAAAACACUGAGUAUGCUUUUAGUAAUUUUUAGAAAUAUUUAUUUCUCUUCUAUCGUCAUAUUGAAUGAAAUUAAAUAUGUUUAUUUAGCCGCUGUGUGUAUGAAAGAUGUCAAACUAAUCAGCCGAAUCACAAAAUAGUCCUCUAAUUAUUCAAUAUGGCGGCGCCAAUAAAAGGUUAUUUCACAGAGGCGGUUUUGUUUGCGAAGACAAAUUUAAGAGUAUCUAACCUUGUUUUGAAAGAUUAACAGAUUGAAACUCUAAAGACAGUUUACAAUGGCAAAGAAUGUAUUGCAAUAUUACCCACUAGCGCAUAAUAUAUAUUUUACCGGAUUGGCAGAACUUGGCAUUUUGCUAAAGACAUGUGUUUACAUAAAACACGUGCUUGAUCGGGUUAUUUUUACUUUGUUGUGUACACAAAGCUGUAGUCCAGUCGAUAAGUCCCGCCCAAAAAUGAUCACGUGAGCGUUUUAAAUGGCGGCUAACUAGGGCAGUGAUCAUAAUGACGUAUGACGUAGAUGGAUCGCUGCGUGCAGUUUGUUGGACAAUAACACCCCUCUAAAUGCGAAACAGGAAGUGUUUAUCGACAUUGUAACAUGCUAUUUUAGGAUUUUAAAAGAAAUUACUAAAUACGCCAUACAGUGUGCUAUGAGGAAAACUUUGCGCCACUCUCCGGGCAAAUUUCCUUCAUAGCGCACGGCAUAGCGCAUACCCGUCUUCAUUAACCCAGUCAGUUCAGAAAACUCUGACGUUAAACCCCAUUUCAUUUUAAAAAAAAACACAACCUAAUAUAUUAUAUUAUGACGAUUGUUUUAAAAACAUUUUACACAGUAACUCUAUUCACUGCUACCAUUUCAUGACAAUAAUGAUUGUUCCAAUGGACUCUGGGGAGCCACGCUGGCUAGGUGGUUAAAACGCUUGCUCGCUAGCCUGGAGGUCGGGUGUUCGAUCCCUGCAUUGGCCGAGAAAGUUCAUCAAGGAUUUUCAAACGAGGUUUCCCCUUAUCAGUGGUGCAGAACGGAGGGACUGACAAGGACGCUGUCUAGUCCUUCGGAUGAGAUGAAAAACCGAGGUCCUGUGUAUAUAUUGGAAUGCACGUAAAAGAUCCCCUGACAGUUGGAAUUCGAUAUAAGAGUAGGCGAUAGUGCCGCUGCCCGGGCAAAAUUUCCCUCAUAGCACACUGUAUGGCGUAGGCCCAUCUUCAUUAGCCCAGUAUAGGAGCAGAAAAGUAGGACGUUAAAGCCCAUUUCAUUUCAGUGGACUUUGGUGGAACUAAAUAUACCUUUCUAAUUGUAAAAAAUAUAUAUUAAUGUCAAAAUAAUUCAGUUUACGUUUUAUAAUAUUUUUAAAUCAAGAAUGUUACGUUGAUCGAUAUGUUGAAUAUGUAUAGGACCAUACAUAGUUUCUUAAAACUCUAUUUCGAUAAUCCAAUUUUAUUGAGGUUUGCAGCAGCUGCCGUAGAUUUUUGAUUUUUUUUUAUCUAAAAUCAAAUAAUCAGUAGCCUUGUUAUUGAUGCUCAUAUAGAAGCGGGGAGAGAGAGAGAGGGGUGUUAACGCCCACUGGACACAAACUAGGUCAUUUCGGGACUAACAUAUGGUUCAAUUUUAUUUUAAUAAUUCGCUUGCGCGUAGGGGUCUUUAGCAGUGGGAGGAGGACCCGGAGAAAACCCAUGAGGUUGGACAAGCGACCCAACUCCUUGUCACGUACAACCGGGGAAUCGAAACCACCCCAGUUGAUUCAAUGAGAGACCUUAUGAUACAGCGCGCACGUGCUAACCAUUCGGUCAUAAGUAGUAGUUGAACGAUAGUCGUUUACGUCUGCUUUGUGUAGCACUAUGGGUCGUUUGACAGACGUGGAGAGCGGUCGACGCUAAACCCGAUCGCAACAACCGGCGUAUAACCCAUGCAUCGUGUCUUAUUACAUAUUUAGGAACAGGUCUUUAUCGUCUAGGUGGUUUUUUUUGGGCUCUGGCCUGGCUCCCUUGAUAGUCUAGGUGUUGGUUGGCUCUGGCCUGGCUACUGUUGCAGCUUUCUUCUUGUAGGACUUCGCCAUUGUGUUUCUUACGAUACCGACUCAAAUAAUUAACAGGAACAACGAUAGUUUUUUUUGCUAUACGUUUUUAUGUCACAACAGUUACACAAUAGUCUGCAUUACAAUAUUUAAAAUUAACAUCUCCCCUUCUCUGAACCCCACUCCUGUGAAAGUCUAACCCGAGGAGACCACUACAUCGUGAAAUGGUCGUCUAUAGAACCCAAUGCGUGUCUCAAAUAACUGUAUGGCUGGUAUGGCCUGCGGUGUGAGCUCUGCCGAAUGCUAUUUCCACACCCUCUUUUAUAGGUACCAAUUCUUUUGUCUGUGGUGUUUACGUAAAAGACUGAUAACAGCUAAAUUCCAAAUAUGGAAUGGACAUGCACCCCAGCCUGGAUAUCGACAGGGAUUGUUACCUAAUUUGGUCAACAAAUAUGAUAUAUGUUUUAUAGCAAAGAAACAUGUAAAUGACCAACAUGUUCAUUAAUCUAUAGAGCAGUUAACUUAUCAUAAUAACCAGCAUAUACUUUCUAUGUUUUUGGUUAUAAAGUUAGAAUCAAUAAUAUGAAAGAUAACGCUAUUGUUUCAGCUAGCAUAUUUCUCCAUUCUUUGUCUCUAGACCCCAUGUCCUGUUAUUGUCACAACAUUUCAUAAAAUCAUAAAAAAUUUAAUUUGAGUUUAAAAAAUAAACUUAUACCAUAGCUAAUAUUUUGGCCAUGG